GCAUUAGUCAACGGCGUUACAUACAUACGUACGGAUGACAAAUCCGUCGCGGUUUUGCGGGAUCUAUCCGGGGGUUAUCGUUAUCGCCACGUAUCACGUAUCGACUCUUCCUGCCAGACGUAGUAAUCAUGAUCCUGCUCGAGAUACACAACAGGAUACUCGAGGAAACGUUGACGAAUAAAAUCAAGAAUGCCCUAUCGGGACAUAAGCAGGAAUCGACGGACGUAGUCAUAGCAGACUUUGAUGGGGUAUUGUUUCAUAUUUCAAACCUCAGUGGAGACAAGUCGAAGCUUAGAAUUAGUAUAUUGCUCAAAUUUUAUAAACAGUUGCAAGAGCAUGGCGCAGACGAGUUGCUCAAACGAGAGUAUGGAGCUCAUCUUAUUGCACCGGAGAGCAGUUAUAACGUAUCAGUUCUCAUAGAUCUAGAGAAAUUACCAGAGGAUUGGGAGGCGUUAGUGAGGAAAGUUGCCCUGUUGAAGAGGCAUUGCUUCGCUAGUGUCUUCGAGAAAUACUUUGACUUCCAGGAAGAAUACUGCGAUUCUCCAGGCAGGCCAGUACAGAAGAGAGCUGUAAUCCAAUAUCGAGAUGAGGAAACAAUGUACGUGGAGGCUAAGAGCGACAGGGUCACUGUAGUGUUCAGUACAAUAUUCAAGGACGAGGACGACAUGGUUAUUGGUAAAUUGUUUCUUCAAGAACUGAAAGAAGGCAGGCGCGCGAGCCACACUGCUCCGCAAGUCUUGUUCAAUCAUCGUGAACCGCCGUUGGAAUUGCAAGAUUCCGAGGCGGCGGUCGGAGAUUGCAUUGGCUACAUCACAUUCGUAUUGUUUCCACGUCAUACCAAUCGAGAAGCUCGCGAUAACACUAUCGACCUGAUACACAUGUUUAGGAAUUAUUUGCACUAUCAUAUCAAGUGCAGUAAAGUUUACAUUCACUCGAGAAUGCGUACUAAGACAACAGAUUUUCUCAAGGUGUUAAAUAGAGCGCGAUCUCAAUCCAAAAACACUGAGAAGAAGACUAUCACGGGACGGACAUUCAUCAGGAAAGAAUGAACGUGCCGUAGGAGCGAAAGUAUUAACACUUUUCAAGAAAAGAGGGCAAAGGAUUAUUGCGCGGCUAGUGUGGUCUGAAACGUCUUAAGAACGAGAUUUCCUGCGAAGAUAUCCUUCGAUUCAGCGAGCUAAGUGCUUUGAGUUUCAACCUUUCUCGAACAGUGCCCAAUAUUUCGGAAAGACGUAGUUAAAAGCCGCGUUAAACGAUUAAGGAAGAAAAUGGAAAAGGAGAAUCGGAAAUUUGUGCCGGAUCACACGACUAUGUCUCGAUUAUCCAGAAAAGGAUAUUUGAAGACGCUGGAGUUGCAUCUGUGUACUAAUGGUUGACAGUUACUGCUAUUGCGAAGAAUAUCGCUCGUUGCGAAACGUUUUACCGAUUUUUACAGUGAUUUAAGGUUCAAAUAUGGUGCCGCUUCAAGAAAUUCGUAUUCAGUUAUAUAUUACACUAGUUGUUACUUCAAACAAUUUAUUAUAUGUUACGACAUUCUGAACUAUGUCUAUUUUGGACGAAUACAUCGAAUACAGAUUAGCGUUAUGAUGAUAUCUCUUAGAUGAAAUCACGAAAUAUUCUUAAAAAAAAAGUUAAAAUAUGUUUAAACUCUCAAUCCAUUAAGUCUGUGAUUUAUAUUUUGUCGCGAAAUUUUUAGAGCAACAUUUGAAUCGCCAGAAGUAACUGAAAUAAAAAAAAAUCAUUGAAGGAAAGAUAGAUUAACAAUUUCACAUUGCAUUUCGAUUCGAUAAGCGGAUUGUCGAGCGGAUAAGUAUUGUUAAAUAAUAGCGCAAUUGUUCCCUUUUUCGAUAUUUUUAUCGUCUACAUAAUGACUAUACAUCCGAUUAUUGUGAGAGAUAAUAAAACAACAUUAACAA